AGAUUGCAUGCGCAUGUGUAAAUCAUUUGCUUAGCAACCAAAUCUGUAAUAAAACUUUGGUUGCUAACAACAAACGUAAAGUGAAAAUCUAUAAACUGAAUAUUUAUCGAGGAGGUAAAAUAUAUUUAAAUUAAUAAUAUAAAACGAUGCAAAGAAAGGAAAGAAGGAAACGGAAACCCAAGAAAAAGAAAAUAACCAUUAACAGUGAAUAUACAAAGGAUGAAGCCGAUGUCCGUGCCUUGAUAAAAGCUCGCGAACCUGUGACUGAAAUCGACCCUAAUAGUGACAUAGAAGCCGAUUUUUUUUGCCAAGUGUAUAGUGAGGAAAAUGACAACCAAUCAGCCGGAUCAAGUCAAGCUAAUGUCCAGGAUACGGAUUCAAACUUAGCAGAGAACCCAACUGCGCUCUUUGCGUCUGCAUAUGUGAACAUCGAAGAUACAAGUCCAAUCUCUCCCGCCGCAGUUGUGAAGAUAUCUAAAGAUGCUGAUCUCUUAUUUGUUCCCUCUAAUCAGAAACUGACAUCAAACAACCAACAAAAGGAAGUAAUUUCAAGCAAGGACAUUGAACUAGAAGGUCUCUUCGUUGAUGACUAUCAGAAGUUGGAAGGAAAGAAUGUGAACCGUUUGGUGAAUAGAUACUUGGAGGAAGGAUUCGAUGGGAAUCUGGAUAAUGUUUCCGAAGUGAAAAAAUGUGCGUAUGAAACCGUUUACAAAAGUUUUAGUGAGACACACUUUGAACCAACUUUCUUUCCUCCGAAACCUUUGCACCAAAUUGUGGGCAACACGGUUGGAAGAGCUAUCAUAAUAGUUUAUGUCAAAGAAUUGGUUUUCACUAAUCACCAGCUUUUUAAUGAAGAAAAUAAACUUGCCUUAAAACUGAAAACUUCCUUUGAUACAUAUAACAACAUUAUAGUGGGAAAUAGCAUCCCCAAACUUAAAUCUGAACUAUCUACGGUUCGAAACAUAACCAAUGACCUCCUGAAGAGCAAUAAUCUCGACAAGAAGAAACUCGAGACUUACAUAAAUCAAAUCAAAACUCUAAGAACUGAACUCCAUUCUCAAGAAAGGACCUUCAAAAAAGCAAUUUUAGACUGCAUCGAUAAUUGGAAACAACUGAAAAACCUACGCAAAAAGCAAGAAUUUUCCCUGACCAGUCUAAAGCUAACAAUAAAAGUAAUCGACAAGGAUACAGACCUUGCACAACGACUGUCUGAUGAGAGAUUUGACACCGAAUUGAAUGAAAUGGUCCGUGAAGCUUUUGAUGCUUAUUAUCGGAAAAAGAAAAAAUCCUCAAAAGGACAUCUACGAAAGCCAAAUAUCGAUGAUAUUAAAUCAGACUUAACUGAAAUGUUUGAACGAGAUUUAGUAGGACCUGACGAGCCAGAUGUUAUUCUGGAACUCUCGCAAACUGAAGUAACUAAAAAAGUCCUGGAAAAGCCGAAAGGAUAUUAUAUUAAAGCACUCGUUGAUAAGAAGCCCGUUUGUUGUUCUCGGGAGGUUAAAUUGUCUAGUGAAUUUAUUUUGAGAGUUGAAGAAACAUUUGCGAUAAGUUUGGAAGGGAGAAUGCCCGAAGUAAUUACUUUUCAGAUAUUCGAAAAAUCUAACAUUUUACCUGAUGUUAAAGUAUCAGAAGCACAAUUAUUCAUCCCCCAAUCUGAAUCGUUCAAAACCUCAAAGGACUUAGAAUUUUCUUCUGAAAAAAACACUAUUUCUGGCUUUCUUCGAGUUGAAAUUUUCAGUCAAGACGACAACUUCAGCAACAUAGCCCUUCAAAGUACUUUCAACUUAAACAACAAGAAACUAUCUGCGAGCCAAUCGCUAAUUAAAAAUCAAAGAAGCACAGAUUCCGAAUAUGAAUCAAUCGAACCCAUCGACUCUCAUCGUGAUGCCAGGAGAGACACAAAUUCAACUAUUGGAGAUGAGUCUGGGUAUUUCACAUUCACUGAGGAAUUGGACACAUUUUGCUCGAAGGCUGAUUUCGACAACAAUAAACGAUUCAAAAUGUUAAUGGCACGAUACAAAAGUGAAUUCAAGUUCAAAGACAAACGAUUCAUUCCAACAUUUGACAAGGAGCUUGAGGAGGAAUCACAAGGACGUGCAAUUGAGGGCAUUGAUUGGCUUGAUCCCAUAGAUGUUGACAAACAUAAAGGGAAAAAGUAUGUCAAGAAUAUCUACCAAAUGGUACUGAAUCACUGCGAGAGGUUAAAUCGGAAUGAAGAUGCUGAGAAUUUGUUGAUUGGGGAUGACCCACCGACAUUCAGCUCAGUUAUAUCUUCCUUGUUGGGAAUUUUUAGCAGCAGUCGACCGCUAAAUCCAGUUAAGUCCGGCCCUCCUACUGUACCUACGAGUAGCUGCUCAAACUUCAAUAUCAUUGUUAACAUCGUUCGGGCGACUGGUGUGCCAUAUCGUCAGUUUGCUUCGAAUUUGCCAUUAUCGAGAAGGGAUAGCACUGCUUCGUUAACUUAUCAAGUUACAAAACCGUCAAAUGUGAGGCCUUAUAUAUCAAUGCGUUGCAAGGAGAAAGUUCUAAGGACAAUGGGGGCGGAAGGAUCUAAUCCGACAUGGAAUGAACAACUCGUGUUACAGUUAAGUCGAGAGGAUUUAGAGUCAAAGGACGAUUUAAUAUUUGGAUUAUAUGACGAGUAUAUUGAGGACCUUUUGAACGAUGAACUGGCCAGGGCUUCGGAAGUUUAUCAAAGAAUCCAUACUAACUGGCUGGGAGAAAUAAAGUUGCCACUUACAACCAUACUUAGUAAAAAGCAGGUAGAGGGAACAUUCGAGUUGGAUUCGCCAAAAAUUCUUCUGGGAUAUACUAAGCCAUCACUAGAUACUGAUACAGAUGCCAUCAUCGUAGAAAACAUCCCAGAAAUCAAAAAAGCUGUUUACUUAUCCUUGCGUAUCACCAUAGAACCACUAUCUGAAAUGCAUAUAACCACGAUGUCCCACCUAGAAUGUUCCGAACUCAGAGAGUUGAAGGCGUACAUUCAGGAGGCAUGCAUAGAAGUCAAGGAGAAUUUCCCUGAUCGUUUCAUCGAUCCGUUGAUCAGUGUUGCGAAUGGAAAAAGGGUUUGCAUGACAAGGCUUUUGGAACCCUUGCCAUUACCCUUUGCUAUCAAUGAGGAAUCUGAAUCAAUGGUGAGACGAUAUGUAUCCUUGUUUCCUGUUUUCCGUUCCACGAGCAGUUGCUUAGGACUUCACGGGGUUUGGUUCAGUAAUCAGAUAGUCCUCGAUUCUUCCUGGGCAUCACCUAAGGACUUGGGUGUGCUUUUAUGCUGUUACUAUCUAAGUUUAGAACUUCCAGCAGCAUUAGUCCUAGGAAUAGCAUAUCCUUACGGAGACACGACCUUUGUUCUGUUGAAACAAUCAGCCGAGUAUAUUCUAAUUGAUCCCAAUUCUGGGAAGAAGUACUCAAGUAACGACACAUUCUGCCCCAUUAUAAGGGUAUUUUGUGUGGUUCGGGAAGAUAAUAUAUUUUUCAACAUACAAACUGAGUCCAGAGCUUCCAUGACAGACUUUAAUGUCGACAAUAAAACAAAUUGGCUCCCGCUGUUUACCAAAAAAUGUCCUGCGCCAAAUGGAGAGAUUCAUAAUGUGAAUUAUCUCUAUAGGGAACCAUAUGAAAUUAACGAUCUGCAAAAGACGAUCGAGAGGAAAAUUAUCAAGAAAAUAAAUUCAUGGAGAUCAAACAGAAAGACGAUAUGGAAUAGAGCCUUCAAGGAUAUGCUUUACAAUGUCUUGAUUGAGUUAGAGCGCGAUGCCCUUUUCGAUAGAGAUGAAAACGUUUAUAUGGAUCGGAUUGCGCUCAGUUAUCCAGACUAUAAGAUGUUUGGCUUCACGCAGAAUUUUUCUUAUACUAAUUUGUCGUCAAUAUCUGAUCGGGUUAAAGCCACCGGAAUACAUCUGAAUCCUGACAAGAACGUCGAAUUUAGUUUAGCCGUUUACAUUCAACAGUAUCCAAAUAAUAUCAUGUCCGUUUGGAUUUUUAUUAUAUCAGUGAUACCAGCAAAAAGCUAACAUUGUUAGCUUUGAAAAGAAAGUAAA